CAAAGUAACACCUGUAAUCCCUCAAAAGUCAAAACUGUUGCCACAACUUAGUUUCUUGCAGAUGUUUUAUACUGAAACCUCUUCCACUGUUGCAACUUACUGAUAACCAUGGCUGAAUUAUUCCUCUUCAGCAUCGCGGAGUCACUCGUAUCAAAGCUUGCUUCUCUGGCAUAUGAAGAAACUUCUCGGGUGCUGGGUUUAUACGACUAUCUUGCAGAGUUUACGCAGACUCUCUCAUUAGUUAAGGCAGUGUUGUUAGAUGCUGAGCAAAAGCAACAACAGAGUCAUGAGCUGCGGGAAUGGUUGAGGCAGAUCAAACUUGUAUUCUCUGAUGCCGAAAAUGUAAUAGAUGAAUUUGAGUGUGAAACAUUGCAAAAGCAAGUGGUCCAAGCUCAUGGCAGCACCACAACCAAGGUAGCACACUUCUUCUUAAGUUCUAAUCCACUUGUUUUUCAUUAUAGAAUGGCUAAAAAGAUCAAAAGAAUUAUGAAGAGAUUAGACAAGGUUGCGGCAGACAGACAUAAGUUUGGUCUUGAAACAGUUGAUGUUGAUAGACGUGUUGUGCAUAGGAGGGAUUUGACACACUCCUAUGUUGUUGAUUCGGAUGUGGUAGGAAGGAAUCAUGAUAAAGAAAACAUUAUUGAGCUUUUGAUGCAGCAGAAUCCUAAUAAUAAUGACAGAAGUCUCUCUGUUAUCCCCAUUGUGGGGAUUGGAGGCUUGGGAAAGACCACACUAGCAAAGUUUGUGUUCAAUGAUAGAAGGAUACAUGAGUUUUUCCCAUUGAAGAUGUGGGUUUGUCUUUCUAAUGACUUUGACAUUAAGCAAGUGAUCAUUAAAAUUGUCAAUUCUACCGGUGAUUCUGCUGCUGACCAACAAAAUUUACAUAUAUUAGAUAUGGAGCAACUGCAAAGUAAAUUAAGAAACAAACUUGGCAGUCAAAAGUUCUUACUUGUCUUGGAUGACGUAUGGAAUGAAGAUCUUGUUAAAUGGGUUGAGUUGAGAGAUUUAAUACAAGUAGGUGCUACAGGAAGUAAAAUUCUAGUGACUACUCGUAGUUGUGUGACUGCUUCCAUGAUGGGCACUGUUCCCUCUUACACUUUAGAAGGUCUUUCCAUGGAGGAUUCAUUGUCUUUGUUUGUCAAAUGGGCAUUUAAAGACGGAGAAGAAAAAAAGUAUCCAUAUUUAGUGAGUAUUGGGAGAGAAAUUGUUAAAAAAUGCAAAGGAGUUCCUUUGGCCGUGAGAACAUUAGGAAGUUUACUAUUUUCAAAAGAUAACAGAGAGGAAUGGGAGUUGGUGAGAGACAAUGCAGUUUGGAAUUCAGCAAAAUCUGAAGCUGCUAUGUGGCCUGCACUUAAGAUAAGUUUUGAUCAAAUGCCAUCCAAAUUGAGACAAUGCUUUGCUUUGUUCAACCUUUACCCAAGUGAUUAUGCAUUUCAUAGUUUUGAUGUUACAUCGCUUUGGAGAGCACAUGGUCUCCUUCCAUCGCCAAAUAGAAAUCAAAUAUUGAAACAUGGUUCAAAUCAAUAUUUGCGUGAACUAUGGUCAAGAUCUUUUCUAGAGGAUUUUGUUGACUACGGCAUUGGUUUUGCUUUUAAAAUACAUGAUUUGGUGCAUGAUAUUUCACGGUAUUUGGGAAGAGACUCCAUAAUUGUAAAAUACCCCUUUGAGUUUAGACUAGAACUCAGGUAUGUCCAGCAUAUAUCUUUUCCUGAAAACGUUGGCAUUGAAAAUUUCCCCAUCCACGAAUUUGUAGAUGUCAGAACCAUACUAUUUCCUACUGCAGGAGUUGGAGCCAAUAGUGAAGCUUUUUUGAUUAAGUGCACAUCAUGGUGCAAACGCUUGCGAUUUUUAGAUUUGAGUGAUUCUAUGUACAAAGAUUUACCUCCUUACAUUGGCAAGUUGAAACAUUUAAGAUAUCUCAGUCUUGAGAAUAAUAACAACUUAAAGAAACUUCCUGAUUCCCUUUGCAACCUCCAAAAGUUGGAAGUUUUGAUACUCAGUGGAUGCACAGAACUUGUAAAACUGCCUAAAGGUUUAAGAAAGUUGAUCAGACUUCAACAUUUGGAGAUAACCACGAAGCUAUGUGUUUUGCCCGAGACUGAGAUUGCAAACUUGAGUUCUCUUGAGACUCUUAGAAUUGAAUUUUGCAACAAUGUGGAAUCUUUGUUUGGAGGGAUUAAACUCCCUACUCUUAAAGUAUUGUGUAUUGCCAAUUGCAAGAGUCUAAAGUACUUGCCACUUGAUAUUGAACAUUUUCCUGAAUUAGAGACUUUGUUAGUUGACAACUGUGAUGUGUUGGAAUUGUCAAAGGAACAUAAUGACCAAAACUUCAACUUGAGGUUGAAGGUUGUAAAUUUUAUUUCAUUGCCACAGUUGGUGACCUUGCCUCAUUGGCUUCAAGGGUCUCUGGAAACAUUGCAAUACUUGUUAAUUUCAAGCUGCUACAAUCUUGUGGGGCUUCCUGAAUGGCUAUCAGCUAUGAUUUGUCUGAAAACACUCUGUGUCACUAGUUGUCCUAAUAUGUUGUUUCUCCCUGAUGACAUCCCACGCCUCACCACCCUUGAACGAUUGGAAAUUGAUGGGUAUCCAGAAUGGCGCCAACACUUACUCGUUGCUGAACCAGAAGAAGUGGAGGAUGAGGAAGAAGAAUUGGAAUAAGAGCAAAAGGCAGAGAGAAUGGAGCAAGGAAUUCAGAUAAUAGCCCACCUCAAAUCAGUCAACCAGGGAAACAUCCAAAUUCUUUACUGGGGAACUUUCCUGUGUGUUUAAAUUAAUUUUUUUAGAUUGAAUCUGUGUAUGAUAUGUUAUUUGGUUGUCUGGGUUCUGAUACUAAGUAGUAAGGACUCAACAACAUUAUUUCUGUAAAAUUUUGUGAAAAGGGUUGCAAAUGACUAUUUAAUCAAAUGACGGAAGGAUAGUAUCUGAAUGAGGAUAUAAUAUGUUGUUUAGACUGAGAAUAUUGUU